UUUGUUCUGGAAGCUCGUAUUUACAUUUUAAGUGUAUCUGGUGAGUGGGCUGGAGCCCUCGUCUGGGCUGGGGGGGAAAAAAAAGCCGUUUGGUUCGUCUUUUAGCCGCUCUUUCUUUUUCUCUCCGGUUUCGCAUCACUCCAACCAGCGCGACCAUGCCCAGGAAGAAGGCGGCGGCGGCCUGGGAGGAGCCGAGCUCGGGCAACGGCACGGCCCGCGCCGGGCCCAGGAAGCGCGGUGGCCCGGCCGGCAGGAAGCGCGAGCGGCCCGAGCGCUGCAGUAGCAGCAGCGGCGGCGGUAGCAGCGGCGACGAAGAUGGCCUGGAGCUCGACGGGGCCCCCGGUGGGGGCAAGCGCGCCGCGCGGCCGGCGACGACCAAGGCGGGCGGCGCGGCAGUGGUUAUCACCGAGCCGGAGCACACCAAGGAGCGCGUGAAACUUGAAGGGUCUAAGUGCAAAGGGCAGCUUUUGAUUUUUGGGGCAACCAACUGGGACUUGAUUGGUCGGAAAGAAGUGCCUAAACAACAAGCUGCUUACCGCAACCUGGGUCAGAACUUGUGGGGGCCCCACAGGUAUGGGUGCCUGUCGGGGGUCCGGGUGCGGACGGUGGUUUCGGGGUCGUGCGCUGCCCACAGCCUGCUCAUCACCACGGAAGGGAAGCUGUGGAGCUGGGGGCGAAAUGAGAAGGGGCAGCUGGGCCAUGGUGACACCAAGAGAGUUGAAGCCCCCAGACUCCUUGAGGGUCUCAGCCACGAGGUGAUCGUGUCCGCGGCGUGUGGGCGGAACCACACCUUGGCCUUGACAGAAACAGGCUCCGUGUUUGCGUUUGGGGAGAACAAGAUGGGGCAGCUGGGCCUUGGCAACCAGACAGACGCUGUUCCCAGCCCUGCACAGAUAAUGUACAACGGCCAGCCAAUUACCAAAAUGGCCUGUGGGGCUGAAUUCAGUAUGAUAAUGGACUGCAAAGGAAACCUCUAUUCCUUUGGGUGCCCUGAAUAUGGUCAGCUGGGACACAACUCGGACGGGAAGUUCAUCGCCCGGGCGCAGCGGAUAGAGUACGACUGCGAGCUGGUGCCCCGGCGGGUGGCCAUCUUCAUCGAGAAGACGAAGGACGGCCAGAUCCUGCCCGUCCCAAACGUCGUCGUUCGGGAUGUGGCCUGCGGCGCUAACCACACGCUGGUCCUGGACUCCCAGAAGCGCGUCUUCUCCUGGGGCUUCGGUGGCUAUGGCCGGCUGGGCCACGCCGAGCAAAAGGACGAGAUGGUCCCCCGCCUGGUGAAGCUGUUCGACUUCCCCGGGCGCGGGGCAUCCCAGAUCUACGCCGGCUACACCUGCUCCUUUGCCGUCAGUGAAGUGGGUGGUCUGUUCUUCUGGGGGGCCACCAACACGUCCCGGGAGUCCACCAUGUACCCCAAGGCCGUGCAGGACCUCUGCGGCUGGAGAAUCCGGAGCCUGGCUUGCGGGAAGAGCAGCAUCAUCGUGGCCGCGGACGAGAGCACCAUCAGCUGGGGACCAUCGCCCACUUUUGGGGAACUGGGCUACGGGGAUCACAAGCCCAAGUCUUCCACCGCGGCUCAGGAGGUGAAGACGCUGGACGGCAUUUUCACGGAGCAGGUCGCCAUGGGCUACUCACACUCCUUGGUGAUAGCGAGAGACGAAAGUGAGACCGAGAAGGAGAAGAUCAAGAAACUGCCAGAGUACAACCCCCGGACCCUCUGAUCUCUCGGAGUCUCUCGGCUCCACCUCUCGCGGCAGCUGUCAUUUCCAUGUGCACUGGGACGAGAAGUCGAACGAGGAAUUUGUAAAAAAGCAAAGGUUGACCGAAGGUGCAUUUUUGUUAGACUCCCUGAAGUUCCGUUUUAUAAGUGAUUCAACGUCAACUACCUUUUCUGUAUGCUUUCCAAAGUGUUUUUUUUUUUUCCUCUUACUGUUUAAUUAAAAUAUUUGCUCAUAGUUGACUUACCAUUCCUACAAAAGAGGCAGAAACUUUGAGCAAUCUAGGUUUUUUUCGGUUUUUUAAGUUGUUUUUCCUUUUGUCCCUUCUCUCAAUACAUUUCUCAAAACUCCCCUCUCCGGUUGUGAUGAGCGAUGUGAUCCAAGCGGAGCCACCACGUGCUCAGAACAAAGUGUCCCUUGGGGGAGCCGGCAGCACCUGAGGCAGAGACGUCCCCGGUGGUGGAUCUCCAUCCAAAAUCACACCCGCGUGCUGGGAAGCAUCUGGGUCACUUCUUUCCUGCUUUUCCUUCUAGACCGGCUGAGGCCGCGUGUGUUCCGCUUCUCCCCUUGGCUGCUUGUAAGCCCCACCGCCUUUUGGCUGCGACAUUAAUAGAACCUGCCAUUUCCCCCCUGGCGGGGGUCUCGGAUCUGUGUUUAGCCAUCUGUGUUGACUUUAGCUGUCAAAGAAGUCCAAGUGGAAAUCAGGUGAUCGUGGAACCAGUGGGGACUUGGGCGAGGGUGGGCAGACGUGGGGACCGUGUAUCUGGUUCGAGAUCCAACCUGAGGGCUCCUCGGAGCUGGGGCUGCGUCGCCAGCAGUUGCCGUUAGAGCUUGACCAGCCAGCAGUAAACAGUGCGUUCCGGAGUGAGUCCUUGCAGAGAAGGAUCAGCCCUUUGGGUGACCAGCCUUUUACUCCCCCCUCCGCUGGAUCCUGCUGGAACGACUUGGUCUGUUUCGGAGGCUCGGGUCCCUGUUCCGUUAUCCCAACUCUCUCGUCACGUUGGCUUGGCUGUGCUACCAAAUAGUUGGGAUUACAGAAGACGUCUCCCUUCCCUGCGUCGGCGCAGAGGCUGUGACCACCACCCCAGCUCCCCCGCCAAGCGCCCUCUGCCCGAGCCCGUCACCGGCGCUGCGCUGCUCUGCGCAAGUUACGAGGUGCCUUUCCCGGAACCCUCCUCUCUCUUGGACCCGAGAGAGGCGACAGCUCUGGCUGGGCUCUCGCUUUCGAGAGGGUCUGGACUGGUUUGGGUGCUUUAAAAUAGAUUUUUAGUUCAGUGGUGCUUCUGGGGGAGAUGGGGGUAGAACUUCAGUGUGAGACUUGGGUGGAUGGGAAAGUUAAAUAUUGGUCUUUUAUUUUUCUUUUUGCUUUGCUAUCGUUACCACUUGUCAUUGUCUUGAUGUUAAAAUGCCAAAAAUGACCUAGUCGUCGUUGCUUUUCCCCACUCGUAUCCUCCCCCUCCUUGCGCUUCCUGACAGUGGCUUCUGCCUUUGAAGGCCGUGUCCCAGUAUCUGUCCUGGCCAGUCCCAAGGCCUCACGGGAGGAGGCCGGCCUGCGUCUGAGAUUUGUCUGGCUUCAUGCUCGUCUUCUCUGUCCUGUGUGUAUAGUCCAGGGGAGGAGCUUCUGCAACUUCAGAGCUUCUGCUAAACUAACCUGAUUUGUCCAAAUCACCCAGAAUUCCCAUCUCUGAUUGAAGCUUCCUUACAUAGAACCCCUCGGUUUUCCCGGACAGACCUCUUUCCUGGUUCAGGCUUAGACGCAUAUGCUCCUUGUCCCCUCGCAGCCUCCCUUGGGUUGCACAGUCACUAGGAGAGUCAAGGGAGCGGUCACCCAGGUCCUGGCCUUGCAGGAGCUGUCCUUAGCCAAGCGGGGCUUUGACCUUCAAGCAGACUUGUCUGAAACCCACCAGUGGCUCUAGGACCCCUUGUCUGGGACCAGAGCAGAAAAGCAUCUUCCAAGUGGAGAUGGCCCUCUCCUCUCCCGCAGUCACUCUGUUGGGCUUAUUAGAAUUUUAAAACGAGCUGCCUAGUGGGGAAGAUCCUUUAGAACAAGGAGUUGGGGUCUGGGGAGAGGUCGUGCGCUCCCAGAGGAGGUGGCAGAGCGGCCUGGGCUGGGGGGUGCACGUGGUGUCGACCCCUGGGGCACCUGAGUCUUCCAGCUCAGGAAGGAGACGGGGCCAGGAGGCUUGGAGUGAAGGGGAGAACCCAAGAAGAGCUUGUGAUUUGGUCGAAGGUGCCUGGUUUAGUGCUGUAAUUGUCUUUUUAUAUAUAUAUUUCUUGGAGUAAACAUUUUAAAUAAACAGCAUCAUUGUUUACUCUG